AUGGAAUUCCUGAACAAGCAACUACAUCAACAGCAUCAAUUGCAGAUACAGUCUGCAGCCAGAAGACGUCGUUUGAGGAUCCGAUCCACCGGGCGUCGAUUACGCAUUAGACAGUCAGGAAACGGUACUACCGGACGUCAGACCGGUCAGUCUCUAAGUCCAACUGAUCAAUCAUUGAGAUUGGAUGGCACAUUGGACUUACGCGUGCGCCGUGAAUGGUCACGUGUGUCUGAAGAAGAGGAAGAAGGACAAGAAAACCGCGUGUCGCCCUCGUAUCACACGAUGGAAAAAUCUGAUUUGCAUGGUACAACCAAAACUCUGACUCUGACGGGGAUGCAUCUAAAGCGAGCCAAACUGAUGUUCCUCUACGCCCGAUAUCCGAACUCGUCCAUACUGAAAACCUUCUUUCCCGACGUGAUCUUCACACGAUCCACCACCGCGCAAAUGGUCAAAUGGUUCAGUAACUUUCGUGAGUUCUUUUACAUUCAGAUCGAGAAAUAUGUAAGACAAUGCAAAGCGAACGGGAUGAAAGCCAAGGAUUCAGUGUCAAUCUCUCGGGAACAUGAACUAUUUCGUAGUCUCGAGUUACACUAUAACAAAGAUCGUGAAAUCGAGACUCCCGACGAAUUUCUCCAGACAACACAAGUAGCCGUGAACGAGUUCUUCCAGGCUGUCUGUUCCGGAGCGGAUCGAGAUGCAUCUUGGAAGAAGUCUAUCUACAAAUUGAUCGCACCCAUGGACACCCCGUUCCCCGAUUUCCUGAAACGCUAUUUAUGA